AUGGAAGUAUUUGGCCAGUGCCAUCAACAGGGUCAUGCGAUUGGAUAUGAAGCAGGAAAUAAUGGGUGUGGGUGUGGGGGAAGAAAUGGACUGGGUAUCAUCAAUAACUUAGGCAACGACUACGGGUGGAGUCACGGGUCAGGUAAUGUUGGUUGUGGCUGCGGGGCAUUAAAUGGUCCUAGCAUCAUGAAUAACUUGGGCAACGGCUACGGAUGGAGUGGUACUGAAGUCGUCGGAGCCUACGGUGGAGUCGGUACAGGUGACUUGUAUAUCGCUGGCGAGCUGCCAGUCGCAGGCGUCACCACAGUCGCUGGACACGUACCGAUACUAGGUGCCGUGCGAUUCGGAGGCGGAGUGCCCGCAGCUGGAACCGUCUCUAUUUGCGGAAAAUGUGACUGUGAUUGCAACGGCCUUCCAUGGUUUUGA